AUGUUCCCACUCCUCGCCAAGAUCUUCCUCCCGAAGAUCGCCAACAAAGUCUUCGGGAAAGCUGCAGCAGCAGCUGGUGUCCCGAUUCCGCAGAAGCAACCUGGCCGGCCUCUCACGAUCACCAUUCCAAUGGUCUUCUCCGCGCUCCUCUUCAUCCCGGCCGUCGUUCUUGUCGUACUUUGCUUCUUCGCUGGCCACAAGCCUGGCUUUCUUGACGAGUACGCAGUAUACACUGUCAACGUCUUCCGCAUCGGUGAGAACAUCCUCACGGGUAUGAACCAGCAGAUCCGAGGUGUCAACAUCACCAAGCGUUCUGAGGCAUCGCUUCCUGUCACCCUUCCUGUUGCACUCUUUGCUCGCGACGACGAUGAUGAGGACGAGACGACCUCGAGCAAGGCCCAGCCAUCAACGACCUCGACCAAGCCUACCUCCGCUAGGACAACUCCCACUGCCAAGCCCACUGCCACUCCCGCACCUAGCAAGCCAGCAGCUGCUGCCGGUCCAGCUCAGUCGGCAGUCAUCCAGCAGGUCAACAAGGCCUUCGGUGCAGUCGUCGACGACUUUGCGCUCGACGACUUCUACGACUUCCACGUCCUUGGCCGAUGCUACGGAUCGUACGUCGCGAAGAACGGAAGCGCAUCCGCGAACGUCACUGACGGCACGGGGGCCACCGUUCUCCAGGACAAGCUUGAGAAGAAGGUCACUGCAUGUGAGAAGAAAGCCUCUGCGCUUACUCUUGCUGCAGUCGCCUAUGGCUUUGCCAUGAUCUGCACCGGUCUCGCUUUCGUUGCCAGCAUCGUUAGCAGCAUCUACUACCGCAAGAAGUUCGUCCUCGUCACGCUCGGCAUCACCUGCCUCGCCCUUCUCGCGCAGCUUCUCUCCUCUGCCGCCGCCCACGCCAUCGCCAACAGCGCCACUGGCCUCGUCGAUUUCGUCGGCCACCCAGUCGGUAUUGAUGGCUCAGCUGGUAAGAAGUUCAUCACUCUUACCUGGGCCGCGACCAUCAUCCUUGCCAUCCUUGCCGGUCUCUGGGGCAUGCUUCUCUUCUUCGGUCGCAACGAGCCUGCCUUCAAUGGGCAGAAGGCCGAGCGACUUGAGAGCGUGCAACACGAGCAGUACAAUCUCUCCUCGUGGCCGCAGCACCCACACGCCAGCCAUGCGCCGACUGCUCGCUCUGCUUCGGUCUACAGCCGCAGGACUGACGGGUUCGAGCACACACCGACGUACCCAACGAGGGCGUACAAUGAGGGACGCGCACCGGAUGGAUUCAUUUGA